AUGACUCUUUGUCCUCCUCGUGCCUCUCUAUCAUCACCUCCUUCACGGUCAACCUUCUCGUUUUCCGGUGAUGCCGUGCACUCUCUUUUCCGGGAGUCAACCAUAUUCCUCCGACGUGCUUCUUCGAGAUCCCCGUCAAUCGUCGCCACCAGAUUUCAGGUUGUGGCGGCCGAAAAAGCGGAGCCUCUGAAAAUUAUGAUCUCAGGAGCUCCUGCUUCGGGUAAAGGUACACAAUGCGAGCUGAUUACUCAGAAAUAUGGUUUGGUGCAUAUCUCUGCUGGAGAUUUGCUGAGGGCUGAAAUCGCUUCUGGAAGUGAAAAUGGAAGACGGGCAAAGGAAUUUAUGGAGAAAGGACAACUGGUCCCUGACGAAAUAGUUGUGAUGAUGGUAAAAGAUCGUUUAUCACAGACGGAUUCAGAGCAAAACGGAUGGCUUUUGGAUGGAUAUCCUAGGAGCUCAUCACAGGCAACAGCUCUCAAGGGAUUUGGAUUCCAGCCUGAUUUAUUCAUUGUCCUGGAAGUUCCUGAAGAUAUUCUAAUUGAAAGAGUUGUUGGGCGUAGAUUAGAUCCUGUCACGGGAAAGAUCUAUCACUUGAAGUAUUCUCCUCCAGAGACAGAAGCGGUCGCUGCUAGACUCACCCAACGUUUUGAUGAUACCGAAGAGAAGGCAAAACUGCGGCUGAAGACUCAUAACCAAAAUGUGAGCGAUGUGCUUUCUAUGUACGACGAUAUAACCAUCAAGAUAAAGGGAAACCGUCCAAAGGAGGAAGUGUUUGCUCAGAUCGAUACUGCUCUGUCCGAGAUGCUUCAACAAAGGAACACUGCUCCAAGUUCACUAUCAAGUUGA